UGACAAACACCUGGAUGUCAUAACGUCUUCUGUGUCCUCAUGUGUUAUUCUGGGGCACAGUCUGGGGAGGGUACCUGAGUGGCCCCCCUCUGACUGAGGCUGGCAACGUGGGCUGGCCUGUGCCAGUCUCAUGGAUGGAUGCAGAAGGGCGAGGCACUGAUCCUGCUCGUUGGGCAGGAUGCUGGCAGAAGGGCAGGACAAGCAGGGGCGGAGCUUCUAGAACAAAGAAGAAGGGGAGCCCUGGGGGCCAGGCUAGGCAUCAAAAAGGCUCUGCAGAGUGAGCAUGCCACAGUAGCCACCUCUGCACCCAGCUUCGUCAGACAACCCUCACCUGGUGCCUUCUGCCUGCCCCAGGCCGGGCACCUCAGCAACACUAAAGAGGACUUGUUCUCCAGCGUGAUUGCGCCGGCACUGCUCUGUGGCUUUCUCUACUUGGCGUGGGUUGCUGCUGCCGUUCCAGUCAAGAGCAGAGGGAUGGCCGGUAGCGGAGCCAGGAGCCAGGGAGGCCGUCGGGAGCAUGCCUUCAUCCCGGAGCCUUUCAAUGGAGCCAAUAUAGCCCCCCACCUCUGGCUGCACCGCUUUGAGGUCAUCAACGACCUCAACCAUUGGGACCAUGCCACCCAGCUAAGGUUCCUGAAAGAGUCCCUCAGGGGAGAUGCCCUGAAGGCCUACGAUGGACUCAGUCCCGAGGACCAGGGGGACUACGAGGCUGUGAAAGACGCCCUGCUGAAGACCUUCGGGGGGCCCACAGCCGCCCGCAGCCACCUGCCCAAGGAGAUCGUCUUUGCCAACAGCAUGGGUAAGGGCUACUACCUCAAGGGGAAAAUUGGCAAAGUGCCCGUGAGGUUCCUGGUGGACUCCGGGGCCCAGGUCUCCGUGGUCCACCCGAACUUGUGGGAGGAGGUCACGGAUGGGGACUUGGACACCCUUCGGCCCUUUGAGAAUGUGGUCAAAGUGGCCAAUGGGGCAGAAAUGAAGAUCCUGGGCAUCUGGGAUACGGUGGUGUCGCUGGGCAAACUGAAGCUCAAGGCAGAGUUCCUGGUGGCCAACGCCAGUGCUGAAGAAGCCAUCAUCGGCACCGAUGUGCUCCAGGACCACAACGCCGUCCUGGACUUCGAGCAUCGCACGUGCACCCUGAAAGGGAAGAAGUUCCGCCUCCUGCCUGUUGGAGGGUCCCUGGAAGAUGAGUUUGACCUGGAGCUCAUAGAGGAGGACCCCUCAGAGGAGGGGCAGCAGCCCUCCUGCUGAAAAGCCCCCAUUUCCUUACCCCCCGAAUACUGGUGGAAGACCCCCCACAGCGGAGCGGAAGGGCAGGUCCUCAGGGGAUCCCUGGGCUUGGCCAACCCUCUAAAACCAACUCUUUCCCUCCUCUACUCAUCCCCUCCUCCCUCUGCAGGGACCUAAUCUGCCCUGGUGGGGGAGGCUUCCCUGGGAACCGCACGGGUGUGGGAGAGCAGGCGGGCUUUCUUAGAGGGAGAGCGGGUCCUCACGGUUGCCAAGCUGCUAUUGGUGGCAAAGACUCAAAGGCUGGAAGAAGGUUCCAUGAAGGCUAGAAGUGAUUGUCUUUGAGAGAGGACUAGAGGACCUCUUAGACCCCUGAGACAUGGCUGCUUCUCCCCAGGUCUGUGCAGCCUGAAUCCGCUGGGCUGGCUGCAGGGUCCUCACAGCUCCUCGGGGACUCCUCCCUGUCGGGCCUUCCCACCUGUGUGAUGUAUAUUUCCUUCUGUCAUUUACUUUGAAACCCAUGGAGUCCUGUGCCAAUAACUCAUUACUUCCAAACCCAAUAAAGAUUGACUCAUGGCAAAACCA